AUGGAGAAAUUUCUCGCCAACGUAACGGCCGGUGCAGGGCUGGUUGUGGUUGCGGUCUGUCUCCUUUAUAUUCCGUACCUGUACAAUGCUACUGAUAAGAUCACGAACGACCUUGCCGUGCGGAUGGACCAAUUAUUCGGAGCUAGGCUCAAUCCCCGACUAGGACAAAAAAUUUUGGCACAGCUGAUCGCGAGCCAGAUGGAAGUCUCCGAGAGCCUUAGAAGGUCCGGCAGCGGAUUCACCACAAUCCGUCGAGAAAGACAGGCGCAAGGUGUUUGCCAGUGCAGCGGAGUGAACCAAUGCCCACCAGGUGCACCAGGUGGCCCCGGAGCCCCGGGAGUCCCUGGAGAGCCCGGAAGGCGCGGCAGCAAAGGUCCACCAGGCGCUCCCGGAAUCGUUCCACCACUUCCGAUCACUGAAGAUACAUCCAAAUGCAAAGUUUGUCCUCCUGGACCAGUCGGACCUCCCGGAUCACCUGGACCAGCAGGACCACCUGGUGGAAGAGGAGUACCAGGACAACCUGGAAUGGAUGGUCCACCAGGAGAUGCAGGUGCUCCCGGUAAGUUUUCCUUUUUUCAGUUGAAAUUCCAGCCACGUGCUAGUGAACUUCAAAUUGGAGCAAAUGAACGGAAGAAGCGGAAAAAGACAAGCGUAAUCCGGGUGUCCUGGAGCCUCCGGUCUUCGCCGGACAUCCAGCAGGGUGUACCUGGUGAACCGGAAGAGACGGAGAACAAGGUGGAGUGGGACCACCAGGACCACCUGGUCAAGCUGGACCACCUGGAGCCCGUGGAGCUAAUGGGAGAACCAGGACAGGCAGGAGUACCAGGAGAGCCUGGUGUACCGGCUGAAAAGUGGGUGCGCCUGCGAGAAUGCGCGGGCGGUCCACCUGGAACUCCUGGACGUCCUGGACAACCCGGAUCGCCAGGACCUGACUCUCUCUACUGUCCUUGUCCAAGACGUGGCAAGGCUAAGCUGUCAAAGGAAGAAAGAAGGCUCAAAGCUUAG